AUGGAAAAUAAAAAUUUAAGGAAUAGUGAAAAAGAAAUUAAUAGGACAUUACUUUCAGGAGAUAAAUCUGAUAUAGAGUCUUUUUAAAACAAAGAAGUUUCAACUGGCUCUACAGUUUGGUAAGCUACAGUUAAUAUUUGUAAAUGUGGUCUUGGUUCAACUCUUUUGUUUAUGCCUCAAACUUUUGCAGCUGCUGGGUGGCUUGAAUCUAUUUUGCUUCUCUUUUUGACAGGUAUUAUGUGUCUCUACUCUUGGGGGUUACUAAUUAAAGUUUUAGAUAAUAUGAAUGAUGGCAUCAGUCAUACUCUUUAAACAGCUGCAGGAAAAAUCCUAGGAAAGAAAUUUGAAAUAUUAGCAGAAGCUGUUACAAUUAUUUUUAAUUUAGGUAGUAUUUUAGGUUAUAUGAUCUUCAUUCUUACAGCCUUAUCAUCUGUCUUUGGAGAUAGCUUAGAUUCUUCAUACAAAGGAUAUGUUGUACUCUCUAUCCUUGUUAUCAUUUACUUCCCCUUUUCAAUGUAUAGACAUAUUGAAAAACUCUCUUACAUAUCCUCUUUUGGUGUUUUUGCUUGUAAUUUAGCCUUCAUAACCAUUAUUAUUGACUCUAUAUAUGUUCUUUGCACUGAUGGAAUUGCAACUUCUGGAGGUAGUGUCGGUACAAAUAUUAUCAACUUUGGUUAAGUUCCUUUUUACUUUGGUGUUAUUAUGUUUGCUUAUGAUAUUAACGGUGUUAUUACUGAUGUACACUCUUCUAUGAUUGAAAAAGAAAAAUUCGGGAUGAUUUUACAACGUUAUAUUAUCUUCAUGUUUUCUAUGGCUGUAGUUAUCGGUGGAAUAGCAUACAUGGCUUUUGGUUUACCUCUCAACGAUGGUGACUUAAUAUUUACUUUUAUGGAUAAUCUUUCCCAUUAUAUUGAUGUAUUGAAUGUUCUAUAUUCAUUAGCUUUACUUGGCUCGUUCUUGCUUUUUGCUUUCCCUAUGUUUAAAAGAUUUGACUAGCUUUGUGAUCACUUUAUUGAAAACAACCCAAUUAAAUUUGUUAGUCGUAGCUCAUUUAGACUCUUCUUUUAUGCAAUUAUUAUGACUUUAGCUAUUUCAUGGCCUAAAAUUCUAGAUGUGCUUAAUCUUUUAGGAUCUAUUUUUUCUGUCACUCUCGGAUUUGUUUUCCCAAUCACUCUUUAUCAAGUUUUCUUUAAAGGAAAAAUUCCUCUCUACACCUAAAUCAUUAAUUUUACUAUUCUCACUUUAGGUAUUGUAGGAGGAGCCAGCGGUGUAUACUCAACUAUAUCUUCUAACUUCUGA